GCCACCCUUUAACUCGGCGGCCUGAUGACUAUAAUGGGCCCGAUUGUCUGUGGGCUGCAGAGCGCUGAGGCCCCACGUCCAAGGAGGCUGGGGCCGGUCUCUGAUGCACCGGAGAGGCGGAUAUGGAAUACCGCAGCAGCGUGCAGGGUCAAAGACAGCUGGCCCCCCAUGUCAGUGGUCUAGGAUGGCCAGUGAAGCCACCAGCAUCCCCAGUCCUGUGGUGCGCCAGAUUGACAAGCAGUUUCUGAUUUGCAGUAUAUGCCUGGAGAGGUACAAGAAUCCCAAGGUUCUCCCCUGUCUGCACACUUUCUGCGAGAGGUGCCUGCAGAACUACAUCCCCGCCCACAGCUUAACCCUCUCCUGCCCCGUGUGCCGCCAGACCUCCAUCCUGCCCGAGAAGGGGGUGGCCGCGCUGCAGAACAACUUCUUCAUCACCAACCUGAUGGACGUGCUGCAGCGAUCUCCAGGCAGCAGCGCCGAGGAGUCCUCCAUUCUGGAGACCGUCACUGCCGUGGCUGCAGGGAAGCCUCUGUCGUGCCCAAACCACGAUGGGAAUGUGAUGGACUUCUACUGCCAGUCCUGCGAGACCGCCAUGUGUCGGGAGUGCACGGAGGGGGAGCACGCAGAGCACCCCACCGUGCCCCUCAAGGACGUGGUGGAGCAGCACAAGGCUUCGCUCCAGGUGCAGCUGGACGCCGUCAACAAAAGGCUCCCAGAAAUAGAUUCUGCUCUUCAGUUCAUCUCGGAAAUCAUCCAUCAGUUAACCAACCAAAAGGCCAGUAUUGUGGAUGACAUCCAUUCUACCUUUGAUGAACUCCAGAAGACUUUAAACGUGCGCAAGAGUGUGCUGCUCAUGGAGCUGGAAGUCAACUAUGGCCUCAAACACAAGGUCCUCCAGUCGCAGCUGGACACCCUGCUCGAGGGCCAGGAGAGCAUCAAGAGCUGCAGCAGCUUCACGGCGCAGGCCCUCAACCACGGCACGGAGACGGAGGUGCUGCUGGUGAAGAAGCAGAUGAGCGAGAAGCUCAACGAGCUGGCGGACCAGGAUUUCCCGCUGCACCCGCGAGAGAACGACCAGCUGGACUUCAUCGUGGAGACCGAGGGGCUCAAAAAGUCCAUCCACAACCUCGGGACGAUUCUGACCACCAACGCCGUCGCCUCCGAGACGGUGGCGACGGGCGAGGGGCUGCGGCAGACCAUCAUCGGGCAGCCCAUGUCCGUUACCAUAACAACCAAGGACAAAGACGGCGAGCUGUGCAAGACGGGCAACGCCUACCUGACGGCGGAGCUGAGCACGCCGGACGGCAGCGUGGCCGACGGGGAGAUCCUGGACAACAAGAACGGCACGUACGAGUUCCUCUACACCGUGCAGAAGGAGGGCGACUUCACGCUGUCGCUGCGCCUCUACGACCAGCACAUCCGCGGCAGCCCGUUCAAGCUGAAGGUGAUCCGCUCGGCGGAUGUGUCCCCCACCACCGAGGGCGUGAAGCGGCGCGUGAAGUCCCCCGGCAGCGGCCAUGUGAAGCAGAAGGCUGUCAAGAGGCCCGCCAGCAUGUACAGCACCGGGAAGCGAAAAGAGAACCCCAUCGAAGACGACCUGAUCUUCCGCGUGGGUACCAAAGGAAGAAACAAAGGGGAAUUCACAAAUCUUCAAGGGGUAGCAGCAUCUACAAGUGGAAAGAUAUUGAUUGCUGACAGUAACAACCAGUGUGUGCAGAUAUUUUCCAAUGAUGGACAGUUCAAAAGUCGUUUUGGCAUACGAGGACGCUCUCCUGGGCAGCUACAGCGUCCCACAGGAGUAGCUGUGCAUCCCAGUGGGGACAUAAUCAUUGCUGAUUAUGAUAAUAAAUGGGUUAGCAUCUUCUCAUCAGAUGGGAAGUUUAAGACAAAAAUCGGAUCAGGAAAGCUGAUGGGGCCCAAAGGAGUGUCUGUGGACCGCAACGGGCACAUCAUCGUGGUGGAUAACAAGGCGUGCUGCGUGUUUAUCUUCCAGCCAAAUGGGAAAAUAGUCACCAGGUUUGGUAGCCGAGGAAAUGGGGACAGGCAGUUUGCAGGUCCCCAUUUCGCAGCUGUAAAUAGCAAUAAUGAGAUUAUUGUUACAGAUUUCCAUAAUCAUUCUGUCAAGGUGUUUAAUCAGGAAGGUGAAUUCAUGUUGAAGUUUGGCUCAAAUGGAGAAGGAAACGGGCAGUUUAAUGCUCCCACGGGCGUAGCGGUGGAUUCAAAUGGAAACAUCAUCGUGGCUGACUGGGGGAACAGCAGGAUCCAGGUUUUUGAUGGAAGUGGGUCGUUUUUGUCCUACAUUAACACGUCUGCUGAUCCACUCUAUGGCCCCCAGGGCCUGGCCCUAACUUCAGACGGCCAUGUGGUGGUUGCAGACUCUGGAAACCACUGUUUCAAGGUCUACCGGUACUUACAGUAACAGUGGGUGACUGGACAUCCCCUUACAAAGAUCUUACACCAUAAACUGGAAUGGAUUUCCUGACGCAGGACCAGAUGAUACUAGACUUUUCUUGCCAGAAGGAAUCAUCAGUGAACUUUCCAAGGUUAUUUCUGAAUGUAACAAUUUCCUUAAAAACUGCAUAUCUGAUUUCCAUAAUCCACGUUUAGAGUUAAAAUAAAAAAAGAAAUCUCUUCUACUGAAUCUAUAAAAACUGCAAAGUUUUACACCUGUGAACUAUGGCAUAUAGGGCAGGGAUUUAUGUAGUUUAACUAAUUUUGCAAAUCAAACAAGCAUUAAAAAAAACAACUAGAAUAUUUAAAGGCAUUUGUUAAUCCUGUGAGUGAUAGCUUUUGUGCAGAGCUUCCAAAAGCAAGAUGAAAACAAAAUCUGUUAUAGUUAUAUACUUUAUUUAACCUCGGUCACAAGACCCAGGGGAUCUUCUAACCUCACUUUUACAGUAGAUAUUACUCUUGUGACAUUUUUUGUUUAUCAGUAACUACAUAUAACAUUACUUUGGGUAAAAAAUGAAAGCUGUCUUACAAAAUCCUCCCAGCUGGGAUUAGCAAGCCUCUUGAGUUUAGCACUUAAAAAAUCAAUGCAAAUCUCCCACCCUUUCUGAGUUUGAUCAAAGAUCUUCUUCAUGUGUUCUUUUCACCUCUAUCCUGCUCACCUUGUAUCUAAAAACAAAGUUCAUUUCCAGGGAAACCUGAAAUUCCUGAUACUUUGAAAGGCAUUUUAUGAUAGUAAUGCUACCUUUUGGUAAAGCAACGGGCCCCGUUAACUCCAGGUUAAUGCACUGGAAUGUAAUCAAGGAAAAGUCAGUCAUAUUUUCUGUGCCAUGUUCUCACACGUGUCUCUCUUCCACUUCAUGAACACGAAAGCUUUACCUCUUGCAAAAUGUCAGCACAUGUAGUAGGACCCAGUAUCCUAGGACAGACAGCCAUAAGCAGCCCUUUGGAGGACGGAUGGUGUCAGCCAAAGGCAUGUGGUUGAUCAGUGGUUCCCCUUAGAAAGCGAGUGUUACCAAAGUCGUGUUAUCGCGAAAGCAUUACAGGUAAGGGCAUGCUAUGGUUAUUUAUCAUUGUCUAAUGACUAGUAGAGGCAUUAAAGGACUAUGUAUACAUGAUUAGGGUAAGGUAGAAUGUAUCAUAUAUAUAUAUUUAGCUGAACCUUUGGUGUUUUGAAAUAGGCAGCACUCUGAAAGACAGAAGCAGCUUCAGCACAUUCCUCAACUGCCCCGUUUAAAGCCGUCCUCAUAGAGCAAGCCCUAAAGCAGAUUUCAUUUUUGCCAUUUUCCAGGAAUGCUGGUAUGGGCUGACUUCUAGUCAGAAAAUGGCCUUCUGUGCUUUCAAAAACAAAACGAAAAACAGGUCGAAAGAAACAAACUUGAACUUGAGUUACAUUUAAGUAUAAAAGCAUUUUAAGAAAUGGUAAGAAUAAUUUAGUCAAAUCUCAUUCUGUAAAAUAAGAUGUGGUGUGUUUCCACUGUUUGGUUUUCUACUCAGUUCUACCAAAUAAGAUGUCGUGUUUGGCAUUUUCGAUAAUGACUUGGGGACCUUUUUCACUGAAAGCACCUUAAAACUGUACUAUAAAAAAAUUUCCCACAUGUACAUGUGAAUGUGAUGUUUCUUUUUUCCUAAUGUCAAUGGUGAGAUGAGUCUUUGAAUUUAAACACUGAUGUUUAAUGAGCACUUCUUGGGUGCCAGAGGCUAUUCAAGGCACUGGGGAUAAAGUAAUGGACAAACAAACAAAGCCCCCUGCCCCUUUGGAGCUUACACUCUAGGGCGGGAAUGUCAUUUUACCAUUAACUAGCCUUCUGCAUAAAAGAUAAGCUAGACUUGAUAAUUCCUGGAAUGUUUAAAAGGAAAGUUUUUUAACUGGUUAAAUUAAUUUCAGUUUAUUUUCACCAGUGAAAGUAGCUUCCUCUGUAGACUCUGUCAUAGGCCAUGGAUCUUAAGGCUGGUUUACUUAAAGAGGUUUUUUGCACAUUCAAAUUAUACUUGUGAAUUUAGAAAUCAACCAGCCAUCAUAAUGUAUUAGACUGGUAUCUUAAUAGAAGGAACACAAAGCUGAUUUUUUUACAUGUCAAUAUUGGAAUGAAACUGGAAUAAAAGAAGAGAUACUUUGAUUCAGACCUGUUCCACCACCUGUACCAAAACACAUGCUGUGGGCGGUCCAGGAAACACUGGAGUUUCCUGGAAACACAUAUAUAUUUCCCCAAAAUAUAUAUAAUCGUAUAUGUUAAAGUAUAAAUAACAUUUCAAAUUUGGAUACAUAUGUGCAUUUACUGUAUUUCUUGGUAAGCAUAUUUUAGGGGGAAAAGUGCUGCUGAUAAGAUGAAUAGACAAGAUUUAAAUGGAGUUUUGUCACAUUCUAAAUGGUUCCUAGUAAACUGAGAAGGAUAUUGAAAUAAGUGACUUUUUGUUUCUGUUCUACCAUUAUUGUUUGAUUUCUCUUUGUCAAGUGUACAGAACCUGUCAUACGUUCAUGAUAAGUAGCACUGAAAAACUACCCAUUCAAAUUUCCCCUGGGCACUUACCGGCAAAAUGUUGCCAGUUAGAAUGUAACGGUCGGUGACAAUGCAGUCCCUCCCCAGUUACAGAUGUUAGUAACUGUAUCUCCAAUACAGACCUCCCCUGCUGGACAUGGGGAGGUGGGUGGAGUCACCUGACCGCCUAGAAACACAUGAAUAAAAAGCCUUUAUGACGCUUAGCCAUUUUUUUAAAAAAAAAUGGUUCUUAGUAUCUUGAUCAAACUUUAGUCUCCAGUAACUAAAGUCCCCAGGUUACCUUCUUUUAAUUUACUCUUUGACUAGAUUUGAGGCAAAUAAAUACUAACAGGUCCAUGCAACUAGAAUACACUUGCUUCUACUACUAAAUAUACAGGGUAUGUACUAAGGGAGUUAACUGGAAUAGCAGUAUGCUAGCAAGUGUCUAUGGAUCCUUAACACUAAAGGGGUCACAUAAAUGCUUUGGUAAUACCUAAGUUAAUUGGAGGAAAUAGCAAAUAAACAUCAGGUAAUCUGCAGAUUACUUCAGAUGGAAAAAAUCUUUAUGUACAUUUGAACUGUAUGGUAUCCUCCUUAUUCACCAGCUUCUGAAAAAAGGAGAAAUAUUUUUAGUUUAGUAAUUCAAAAGUAAGACAUUUCCAGGUAAGAUAAAAUUGAAGGUAUUUGCUGCAAACAUUGUUUAAUUUUGCUUAAAAUUGAAAGUCGUGAUAUUGUUGCAUUCUGUAAAUGUUACAGGGUUUUAAACUUACAAUUAUUUUAAUAUUUUUGAUAACUAAGAAUCUAGCAUUGCCAUAAAGGAAACUAAGUGCCCAUUAAAGAUUUGUUUGGUAUAAAUAAAUACUUUUUUGUUUUGUUUUAAAUGACAGUAAGCUACAAAUCAUGAUGUUAAUCUUAAACUUUCUGAAGAUGAAUUGUGUGGCAGUGAUUGUAUAGUCUGUUUGUGGAGAAUGUAUGGAAGCUAUUAAUAUUCUAAGAUAGAUGAAUAAAUUGGCUAUGUUGUUCCAGUGAAUGUACAGCACUUCCAAUAACUUUUGAAAGCAACACAGCCUUAAAAUGUUUUUGCUUUAUGACAUGGGAAUGUUUGGUCAUCAACAGAGUAUAUUCUUAGAAUUCUUUAUAUCAUUUUCAGUUCUGUAGCCUUUCAGUCCUAUAUGAGUAUGAGGGAUUUUUGUUUCCUUUUUGUUUUCUUUUAAAAUUUUGUACAUUCCAUCUUUAUAGGUCUGUUUCAUAUAUUUUGUGUAUAGAACACUAAAUCUUGUGCUCUUUGACAUUGGUACUGAUAUAUUCUCAUCACUGUUCUUUUUUGAAUCAAAAUGCUGACUGCCUAUUUAAAGAAGAGAAUAAACGCUGUGCAUCAAAGUGUUUGUAUGUUCGUAGCUACAUACGUACCACAGUAUUUUGGAUGCUUUAGUCUACAAUAAAUCUUUAAAUUAAUUCUGUCUUGAAACAUAGGAGAAACAAGAUUCAUGUGUAUAUCUUUACCAUGCACAAAAUCUCAAAUCGUUAUAAUAAAGCUUGUUUUCUCCA